AGCCGCGAGCCCGCGCCUGAGCCAUGUCCGCGUCGGCAGGCGGCGGCCACCAGCCCAGCCAGAGCCGCGCCAUCCCCACGCGCACCGUGGCCAUCAGCGACGCCGCGCAGCUACCUCAGGACUACUGCACCACUCCCGGCGGGACGCUGUUCUCCACCACGCCGGGAGGAACACGAAUCAUUUAUGACCGAAAGUUUCUGUUGGAUCGUCGCAAUUCUCCCAUGGCACAGACCCCACCUUGCCAUCUGCCCAAUAUCCCUGGAGUCACCAGCCCUGGCACCUUAAUUGAAGACUCCAAAGUAGAAGUGAACAACUUGAACAACCUGAACAAUCACGACAGGAAACAUGCAGUUGGGGAUGAGGCCCAGUUUGAAAUGGACAUCUGACUGCCACACAGUCAAAGGAGGCUUCAGCGCAGCAACCCAUGUGACCUGACUGGGCCAGUAGGAUUGCAGUGAACCGAGAAGCCAGCAGUUCCCCCUCCCCUCCCUCUGGGUGCCAAAUGAUGGGAGAUAAGCUCCAUUGACCACAACUUCCCCUGUCCCCUGCCCCUGCCCCAUUAAGGUUAGGAUGAAAGCCCUUGGAUUCCUCUGUGGAACUGAGCAGUUGGUCCUUGGAGGAAAGCAGUCCCUGUAACUUGCCUGUUCAUUUCCUAAGAAUCUUCUGCCCCCUUCUGAUUUGCCCCAAGUCCAGGAACUCUCUAAGAAGAAGCACCUCUGCUUGGGGUGACUGGGGAGGGAAGGAGGUUUGGUGCCCAUUGCUGUUCCUGUACUCUCUUCUGUCUUCCUCCUUGCAUCCCAUUGGCGAGUCAGUGCUGGAUGUGGGAUCUUUAAACCAUUCUGAAGAAUGAUAAACAAGCUCACUUGCCCUAUACUGGAGAUGUUUGUCCUCGGUACUGGAGCACAGCUCUUGUACCUCCUGUAGCUCCAAUUGCAUUCCUGGGACACAUGGCAUGAGCUCCCUUUUCUCUGGGGAGAAGGCUUCUGUCCUGGGUGUGAUGGCUUAUCUCCCCAUUCCCUUAUCUAAUUCAUUGGCACAGGUAUUUUUUAAACCUUCCUUCUGAAGAGACCCUUGGGUGACCAGGUGGUCUUUGCUUGUCUGCUGUUCUUCCUACCUGCAUCUUGCAGGCAGAAUCCUCUUCACUCCAAGAUGCCCUGGGGCUUCUGUCUGCUCCCAGAGCAGUCAUUUGAAGUGCCAGUGCUUUGGUCUCCACCUGGUGGGCACAGCUGGUCCCAGCUGUCUGCCUGAGAAUGCCUAACUCUGGCCUCUGUAGAGGACUGAGCCACACAAGUAGCCAUCCCUAGUAGUCAUAGUUUAAACCUGAUAGACCUUAGCAGGUUUGCUGCCCUACAGUUUAUUAUAUCUUAAAUUUAAAGUUGACGUCCCUAUUCCCCUCCUCUGAAUCUGCUUUAUCCUUGGCUGCCGAGAGAGAAGCAUGGGCUGAAAGAGUGCGUUCCUCCCAGUUUCCUUCUCCUCCUCAUUUGCAGACCAUCCUUGCUUCCCUUCUUUCUCUCCUUUUCAAACCUCACUCUCUUUCCUUCUGGUUCUUCCACCAGGCCAUUUUCUAAAUCUACAUCAAAGAUACCUCCCAUGUUGGUAUCUGAUAAUAUCUGUCUCUUCUCUUAUCAGAAGAGAGACUUUUUAUUUUUAAGAUGACUACAGACCUAUUUUUAGAUAAGUUUUCAGUACGAUUUUGAACUGCAACUUUUUUAACAAAACAUCUUCCAAUGUUAGGAAGGUUAUAAAAAAAUGUUCCUAGGCAAGUCUACUGUCUUCACUGUCAUGUGUUCUGAGCGCUUUCCUGUGCUCUCAAGUUUGGAGGGGUAUUUGGAGUAUAGAAUGGGUGGUUUGUGAAACUGGACCAGUCUACCUUGCUAUGAGUUGUUGGCGAAAACUUCUUUUCCUUUACCUUUUUGCUCUCUUGCUCCUCCCCGCCCCACUCUCCCGGUACUGUGGACCGACAGGGAGAUCCCGGGAGAGAGGCCCCCAUAGACAGGCUGAUGCAUCCGUCCUCCUCCAGGAAGACAGUGCAGCAGCCACUGGUGUCCUGGGAGUUUCUGGUUCUAUUGGAUGCCUGUCUAAGCCCUCUUAGUGAGAUUUCAGAUCCCCAUUGGCUGGGAAAGAAAGCUGUUGGUUUUUCCUUUGCACCAUGGAAAGACCCUGUUUUGUGAAGACUUUAGGAAAAAGGAAGGACAUCUGCAGAACUUGUUCUGUUUCCUGCCACACAAUGUGAAUAGCUUGUACUGCAGCCCUCUGUGACGGUCGCUGUCUCAGGAAUAAGCUGGGUCUCUCCAAUGUUUGGGGAUUCUUGGAGUCUCCAAGUUGAUAAUCAGAAGAGUUUUAUUUCUUUGUUAAAUGUAUCUGUUAUGUUUUUAAUUAAACUCCAAGUUUUAUUUCAUGGAGUCUUGGGAAAACUUAAGUUGUGCUGCCAUUGGCAUAAGCAGCUUGCUCAGGACCUCUGUACUCUGAAGCUUCAUUCUUCGGGAGCAAGGCUCAUGGUUCUUCACACUGGUGUUGGCACCCUGUGGACUCUGCAGUGAGGACGCGUGAGUGUGCAGAAGAAUAUACGCUUCCUCAUUGAACGCUGUCUGGAGCAGAGUGGCUUCCUGGACCCACCACUGGGAAGGGAGACAUGGCAGCUGAAUAGGAUAGAGAAACUUUCCUUUUUCUUGCCAUCUUGGAGAGUCUGCAUGUGCGCCCCUCCUCAAUCAGAAGACAUGUCUAGUAUUCCUUGGAGUGUCACCUGCGUGGUGCAGGAGUCUUUUAGCCUUAUGUCCUCUGCCAGGACCCCUCACUGCUUGGUGCAGGCCUUAUAUGAAGGCCACUGUUUUUUGACCUCCAUACACGAGCAUCGUAAGAUAAUUGCACAAGACAGGACAUAAGCUUCCAGCAGAUGGCAUUUUUGUGCCAUGCCUCAUGAGCCAUUUUCUAGUAAGCAGGGUCCAGUGAGGGUUCACCUCUGGGUGGUCAAAAGGCCUCACAGCUGGAGCCUUAAAUGGAGGGUCUACGGUCCUAAUCUGCCAGCCUCCCUCCUGAAGAAAACAGUUAUUUAAACCUUAGUAGCCAUCCACACUGUUGCUAUGAAGGAUGUGUUUCUGCACUUGGGACAAUCAACCUACAUGAGGAAGAAGCUCCAGCCCUGGCAGGAGACACCAGCAGUGCCCUUCCCCCUGAGUCCCCAGCCCUCGUGUUCUGCUGAAACAGACGCUUCCUUGCCUCCUCCAGGGCACUGGAGUGGAAAAGCUGACUUCUAGAUAGUAAGUUAUCUACUGCUGUGUAACAAAUUACCUGUCAGCCGAGUAUCUCACAAUAGUAAACACUACCUGUUGGUGUCUCAAAUAGGAUUAGGGGCUGCUCAGCAUGGAGCUUUAGCGUGAGGUCUCAUGAAGGUGCAUGUAGUCUGUGGGUGGGGGCUGCUCUCAUCUGGAGCUGGCGAAUCCCACUUCCAUACUUUGUUUUUGUGGUUGUCAGCAGGGUGCCUUCCUCAUUCCAUAUGAGUCUCUGUUAGGUAUCAUGCCAUAGCACCUAGCUUCCUCCUGAGUGACUGAUCCUAGAAAGGAGGUGGGUAAGAAGAAAGUUGCAGUGCCUUUAUACCACCAUGUCCCUAACAGGAGGAAAGCAGUCCUCAGGGAAGUGGGGAUAGCCACAGCCAUAAACUGGGUGCACAUUGCUAUCAAAACAGCCCUCUAAAGUGGGACCAAAUUGUCUUAAGAGAAGCAAGAAAUGAAGAUUCCCAGAUCCGUUGCACACCCCCCCCCCCAUCUGCCUGUUUUCUCAAGAACACUUGCUUUUAUGAGAUUUUGAGGUGGCCUCUUCAAGCAUCAUUUACCCCUUCUGUCUUCCUUUAGCCCAAAGUUGACAAAAGGAAUUGGGGGCCUUUCUGUGCAGCCAUACAAACUUUCUUAACUGGAGUGGUGUUUAUCUGGCACCUCUGGUCAAAGGACAUUAGAUGUGUCAGGUUCAUGAGUUACAGAGCAGAAAGCAGUUCAAGUUCCUGGUGAUGAUAUUGAAGUCAGGUGCUACCUGCAUGCAUUGGUCAAGGUGUCUGACCCAGGGACACCUGGAAAUGGAGGUGUCUGUCUGUGCUUGAUUGCUCUGAUCAGUGCAGCAUGCAAAGCAGCAGUCUUGUUUUCCCCUGCAGGGGAAGCUUCAGAGGUGGCUUACCAGUGCCUCGAACCUCAUGGGAUGUCUUCUUAUCCCUGCCAUCCAUUCUCCCCAUCUUUAGAUAGAGGCUCUUGUUUGAUUGGUGCUCUGUCUUACUAGCCUUUUUUUUUUUUCUUUUUUGGUAGCCAUGCUUGCUUUAGAAUGUAUUUCGGGCUCUCGUGGUGGGUUUCCUUCUAGGGGUGAGGGAUGGGAAGCUCUUGUUCCUGUCUCCUUGGGCCUCUCAUCUGUUGUGUUCCACUGAAAGUCCAUCCAGCCUGCUUGUAUAAACUGCCACUGUGAGUUAGGGCACUAGUGUACCAGGCAUGUAUCAGGUAGGGAGCCUCCUUCCCACCUCCAUCAUGGGUGCUGGCUGCUGGAGGGGUGUGUGGUAUAACCCUUUUUAUUCCCUCUAGAGGAAAGGCACUACUGUCUUCACGUAGUUCUUUGGUGUGUUUUCUGGACUCCAUGCCCACGGCAGCUAUUUAUUAAUCUGCGAAAACCCAAUCACUGACCCAUCCUUACCAUGGAAGGCAGGAUUUAUAGUGGAAGAACACCAUUUCUUCUUGGGGUAGAGGGUCCUGUCUGAGCUUUUGAGCUACCCAACAGCCCCUUGCCUCUCAGCCUUUAGUGACGGGAAUUCAGGCUCCCGCAGUUGAGGCAGUCCUUUGGUGCUUGCCAUCCCGCCAUGCUCCCUGCUCUGGCAGUGCUUUUCAUGGUAGUGGUGGACUUUAUUGAAGCUGCUCACAGUAGCUGAAGACUGUAAAGAUGACUGACGGGUCCUCAAUUUUCCAGUUGAUCAGUCAAGAUACCUUCCCCACCCUUUGAAACCAGCUUUCCCUUAGGCAGGUCCUGGAUGGCAGAGCUUGCUUUCAAAGUCUUUGGGUGGUCUGUGGUUUCCCUCUGCUUGCUCAACUCUUCCUGCAACCUAGUGGGCCAUACUGUGUGUCCAGUAGAAAAGGCUACUGAACUGAACGGAAACAGUCCUAGUGGAUACAAACUUCUGCUUCCCUUUCAGAGGUGGAAGGGUGGCAAUGAGAGGCCGAAUACCUGGUAGACACUUGGCUGUGCUGAUGUUUCCAAAUCCAGGGCAUUGCGAACUUAGAGAAUCCACGAAUCUAGCACAGAAUGCCCAUUCUUGCCUCCAUACCUCCUUCCUCUCCAUUUCAGUCUUAAAAACUGCCCAGCCCUGGCCUGGGGGUUAUGACUGGAGGGCAAGAGAGUGGGGACACCAGCAGGAGGUAGGGGCCAGCGUGACACCAAUGCCUUGGCCCCACUUGGUGGCUCCUAGGCCAGCUCCAGGAAGCCUUAAAGAAGGCAACUUGAAGAACCCCAAGGACUCUGAUUCCCAGUUGUCCGUUUUAAGAAUUUGUGUUUUCUGAUAGGCCCUCCCCUGUUCACUGCUGCAGUCUUAGCCACAUGGGAUGGAAUUUCAGAGGCUGCCAGUACUUUCCUUGGUCCUCCUACUUGGUUCCCUUGAUGUGCUGUUCCCUUACCUCCCCCCCCCCCUUCGCUGUCAGCAAUGGUCAGUGGAAGGUUCCAUGCAAUCCUAAGACAGUCCUGUGUGAUUCCAUGACCAGUUUGUUUUCUUACUGUCUUUCCAAGCCAGCAGGUGUUUGGAACUAGGGAAAAAAUUUUCACCAGCGGUUGCUGUUACAGCUAAAUAAAGACAUUGAAUAUUGA